CUUAAUAAACUUUACUGGUAAUCAAAUGAAUAAUUUUCGAUUUAACAACUCAGACAGUAUGCCUUCGCCAAUGUAUCAAAGUAUGAACGAUGUUCCAAUACUAAGUUCAUGUAAAUUCUUUCAUCAUACACCGGAUGAUGAUAGUUUUUAUCAUGUAAAUUGUGAGAUUAUUUCACACGACACUUCUUUCGAUGAUCACCAUAAUUAUGAUCAUGAAUUCUUUUACUAUUCAGACAUCAGAGCAAACUAUCAUGUUAAGUGCAAGUUAUUAUCACAUACUUAUGUCGUAAAACUAUUGAAUGGAAUUGAUCCUGACAUAAACGACAUAAAACCAGGAUAUCUAUCACCAAUUCAAAAACUCAACCUUGAACAAAGCUUAAGACAAACACUUUUCUUUUAUAUUCCGCAACAUAGUAAUCUUGAAAGAGAAUAUUCUGAUAAAAAUAUAAAUGGACAUUAUGUUACAAUAAAAUCAACGGCCGAUAUUCAAAAUAAUGUUGACAAUAGCUCGUCACAUAAUGACCAUGUCGCAAACGAGGUUGAGGAAUAUCCACAACAACAUGAUUUCGACAAUAUUUCAAAUCAAACGAAUUCAAUAGAAGUCUCAAUUAUUGAUAGCCAAGAGAAUUUCAAUAAUCACCAAAAUGGAGAAGGUUUUCAACAGCAUCAAAUUCUUGAAGAUGAUCGCUAUAGUAUAGAAAGCUUCGAUCAUUUACAGUAUCACGUUUCUGAGAGGGAACCAGAUUAUGAUAGUAAUAUAAAUAGAAAUAUUGUGAAUGACGUGACCCAAGCUUCAACGAUGAUAGAUAAUAGUAAUUUCUUGUCAUGUAAUGAUAACCAAAAUGUAUAUGUUCAACCAGUUGUGACUGUCCAAUUUCUACCAUACCAAGUUGUUUCAGAUCAAAUUUACAAUAAUGACUGUUUUAUUUCAGCGUAGAUAUUCUAGAAAUUUAUACCUAAUGAACUAAAAAGAGAACUUUUUGUAUGAUAUAAAAAGAAUAUUGGAAGACAUAGGCAUCAAGAGGUUUUGGAAAGAUAUAAGAGGAAAUAAUUAAUCCAUUCAUUAAUCAGCCAUUAUCAGAAAUUCACGCAGUUAUGUAUAAUUAUUGAUGAUUAGAAUCCAAACUCAAUAUAAUCGUAAUAUCUG